AUGGCGGUUGAUAAGAGCCCGGACCGCCAAGAGGGGUUGAAAUACCUCGCACGGGUUGAGAAAUACCGGAUCCUAAAGAGGUCUCCCAUUCUCGCUGGUCUGGCUUUGUACUAUCAUCGUGCGGAAAUGCACGAAGUCGGCCUGAGAGUUACUAAUCAGUGGGGCUCUAUAAUCCUGCCUGCACACCUGGAGAAUGCUAUCAGGGAGGAAGGUCUCACCAAAACUUGGUGGCUAGAUAUGGACACCCUAUUCGAGAUUUUCGGCGACGAAGCUUUCUUCGUUGGAGGGAAGCCGCAUAUGCGUUCUGACUAUGUCAAUCGUUUGAUGCUGCAGGUUGGCAUCUCUGCAUCUACCUUGAGCAAGAAUAAGGGCAAGGGCAAGAAGAUGGCUCUCGAGGAUUUCUCACGAGCAGGUCCACGAUUUCUGACAACCCGUGCACUAAUCCACAAAGGCCUUCAAGACCGAUACCAUCGAAAUGCCAAACGAAUGAACUGGACUAUGGAGACCAUUAGCGAAGUCCUCUCAAGGGGGGAGUCGAAAGGCAAAGGCAGGGGUCGAGAUGGAGGUAAAGGCAAAGAAAAGGAUACCUCAUUGACAGCAGACGACAAAACACGCAUUAAGCCAGCUGACAUAUUAGCGUCACUCGACAAUGCUCUGAGCGCUGAGGUAAAUGAGCUUGCAUUCCCAUACCUAAGCUUACCUUGA